CGCAAGGGCCAUGCCGAUCUCGACAAUCAGCCAAGCAGUCGCAGGAAUCACCGGUCGAUAUGGUCUUCUGAAACAAUCUCGUCGGCUUGGGUGUCGGGCCGGCGGCUGUAGAGCUGCCGUGGCAUGACCUUGGGUUGAGGCCAGGCCACAAGAUACGGGCAGACCAGCGCUGGCAUUCCGCUAUGCACAGAUGUUGCUGAGUCAAGGCCAAAAAGUCAACAGCCUGACGCUCAUCGAUGCGCCGAUGGCGAGCGGACUUUGCAACAUCCCGAACCGUUUUUACAAUUGGAAUCUCUCGAGGAGCGGAUGAUCGUACUGCAGAUUGGAUCGAACCUCAUAUUCGAGCAAUGAUGAAGCUGCUGCCGACAAUUUGGAUAGCACGGGAAGCUUGCGCUGGCAUCUUGAAUGUCCGCAGCUCACCUCACUUCAACUCAGCCUCUCCAUUUCCGUCUUCCCGCGAUACUUCCGACUGCCCGACUCCCAUUCCCAGAGAGUUUAAUGGUCGUAUCGAAGGGCGAGAUGUAGGUGUCGAUGGUUGGGAGAGGGUUUGCGUGAAGCUCCAAUUUUAUAAUGCGCGACUUGAGCUGUUUGUCUCGAAGUGAGAUUCUUGGACCCAGCUCCCAAUUGGGGCAAGUGAAGGGUGAGGGCUGGAAGAACGUCGCGAAGCAUGGAGAUGUCGAAGUUGCGGCUGCGCAUAGAGGUUCUACACCUGAAGGCUCGAUAUUGCUGGAAAAGAGUGUGUAUUGAACAGACACAGACGAUCUCCUACUGCUAUCAGCUUGUCGACGGCAAAAAGCUGGCUGG